GGGUAAAGUCUAAGUGGUGAGGAGUGGAAUCGUUGUUUGGUUGUGCACCUAACACCAUGGUUGACACCCGUAGCGGGAAGAGUACUACCCCGUACACCCAGGCUCAGGAGGAGCGUGCCGCCGCCAUCCUGAAGGAGAGACAGGAGAUGAAGGAGAAGAAGGAGCUUCUCAAGCAAGCGAAGUUGAAGGCGAUAGUGGAGGAGCAGGCGGCGAAGAACAAGAAGUUGGAAGAACAGAAGGAGGAGAUGUUAAAGUUACGGCAGGAGGAGGAAGAGAAGAGGAAGGCUGCCGAAGAAGAAGCAGAAGAAGAGGAAAAGAUAGAAGAUGAGCCCCUUGGAAGGAGGCGCAGGGAAGGACGAGGGGAAAGCAGUGGCACGAAGGGAGAAGAUGCAUGGAUGGAGAAAAAAAUUAGCGAGUGGGUAGCUAACUUAUCUUUGGGAGAGGAUGAGGAGGCACUAUUGUACGUGCCGCAGGAGGAGAGAGAAGCAUUUGCUAGGGAAUUAGAAGCAAAGGAGGACCCCCUGGAACAUCAAACCGCGGAAGAUGAGAAACUUUUGGAGUGGAAGUUGCGGCAGGUAAGAGAAAAGAAGAGAAGGAGGGAAAAGGCCAACCGGGUGGCCAAAGAGGUGGAGAAGAUCCGCGCAUGCAGGCACAGGUAGAGACCCCCCCGAAAUUAGAUAAGAUUUUGGGAUAUCUUGAGGUCCUGAGCGAGGCCUGGCUUGAGUAACAUUAGGCCAAU